CUUCUCUCUCAGGAUCUCCCGGUAGAUCGAAAUGAACAGCCUAGUAAUCUUCACGUGUCUUGUCGCCGUGGCGUUUUCAGCCACCGACUCCCCAGUUGUAGCAGCUCUUAAAGCGGCUUUUACCUCCGUCGACUCCAACAAAGAUGGUCAACUCUCAGAAGCAGAAUUUGAAUCUAUUUAUGACAUGUUCGAUAAGGAUGGUGACGGUCACAUGAAGCUGGCCGAGUACAUUGCAGCAUCACAAGUCCCCCAGGCCUCUGCUCAAGCCAACUUUGACUACUACGACACCAACAAGGAUGGCGACAUCACGAAAUCUGACGUGAAGAAAAUUUUCGGAGACUACGAUGGGAAUGCUGAUGGCGACGUGUCAUUUGGGGAAUUUACGCAUCACUAUGCAAUGGUGGAGAAAGCCAUUGCUGCUGCUGGGACUGGUGUUGGCAAGUAACUGGCUUACAACCCAACCAUGCAGAUGGUAACGUCGGCGUUCUAACAAUCUUUCCUUAUACAAUAAAAAAAAAUUCAAUAAA